AUGUCGACUACUACACCCCAUUAUGGAAACUACCUACUCGUAUUGUCCGGAUCGGUUGAGCAUGCCCCGUUCUUGAAAAACUGGAAAACUCUCAAAGACAGUGUGCGAAAGAAUGCCGGAAAUCCAGGGUGGACAGAUGUGAGCACGACGUCACAUAGAGGAAUACGACGGGCGUGGUGCAAUCUAUCGAUAGAGAACAAGGCGAAAAUUGCAUACGGUACGCAUCACGAUCCGCAAAUCGAAGAAUGA